AAGGAGAACCGCCGAGGCGGAGGGAGGAGCCACAAAAGGGAUUGUGGGAGAAAGGCUUCUUCCUUUCCUCUGACGGCGGCCAUCAGGUGAGCCAAGAUGGGCGCAUACAAGUACAUCCAGGAGCUGUGGCGGAAGAAGCAGUCGGACGUGAUGCGCUUCCUGCUGAGGGUCCGCUGCUGGCAGUACCGCCAGCUGUCCGCGCUGCACCGGGCUCCCCGCCCCACCCGGCCCGACAAAGCACGGAGGCUGGGCUACAAGGCCAAGCAAGGUUACGUCAUAUACAGGAUUCGCGUCCGCCGUGGUGGCCGCAAACGCCCGGUGCCCAAGGGUGCGACCUACGGCAAGCCUGUCCAUCAUGGUGUGAACCAGCUAAAGUUUGCCCGAAGCCUUCAGUCUGUUGCUGAGGAGAGAGCUGGACGCCACUGUGGGGCUCUGAGAGUCCUGAAUUCUUACUGGGUUGGCGAAGAUUCCACAUACAAGUUUUUUGAGGUUAUCCUCAUCGAUCCAUUCCAUAAAGCUAUCAGAAGAAACCCUGACACCCAGUGGAUCACCAAACCGGUCCACAAGCACAGAGAGAUGCGUGGGCUGACAUCUGCAGGUCGCAAAAGCCGUGGCCUUGGAAAGGGCCACAAGUUCCACCACACUAUUGGUGGCUCUCGCCGUGCAGCCUGGAGAAGGCGCAACACUCUGCAGCUCCACCGUUACCGCUAAUAUACGUGAUGUUUGUACAAUUCAUACCCAAUAAACCGUUUAGGACCGUCCUGUCUGCUUAAAGGUGUUAUUUGUCUGUUAAGACUGUCGCAGAUUGUCAUGAGUGUUUUGUGGAUUAUAGUGGUUAAAGUGCAAUGAUGUUUGAAGAUUACAGUGAUGGUAUAUCUUGUUUCUGGUGACCUUUCUGUCUGCAUUAUCUGCUUGGGUUCAGUGUAUGGCUUACACCAUGUGGUAUCCUAUGUAUGAAGGACUUGCCCUGUAGAAGUGUUUGGUGUAUGUGAUAGAACCUGCAGCUUUCUUGGUAUGAUAAAAUCUUAUAGUCACUGAAGUGGCUGCUUACUUUAGACUUGGGAUUUUGCUUAGAAAUGUAGGAAGAGAAGCUUCCAGCUUGUUUUGUGAACACGCUUAGACAAGGGAGUUCAGCUACAACCCACAAUUUGAGAUUGAAUCCAGUGCCCCAUUUUCAGAAGAACCAGGUAAAGUUGGAAGAGGCUUCCAUAUUCUGUUGGAUCUCAGGAGGAUGAGCUUGAUGUCCAGUAAUCUGUGUUGACUCCUUGGUGUUUCGAAGGUGGUGGUGAUUGAAUUUUGGGUGGGGUGAGGUUGCCCUCAGAAGAUUAUUUCCCUUAGCGUUUGUAGUCCAGUGAUGGGUGCCAUGUGGGCUUCAAUUAAUGCCAGCCAAGUGAACUCUUAAAAAGUUGUGGUCAAGAUAGUAUCCAGCCAUUAGGAAGCUUCUAGCCACAUAACAAGGAUGGUUGGGUCAAUCCUGGGCCAGUCAAUUCAUCUUGGGGGUAAGGAAAGCAGUUGGCCAUAUGACUUCAUUAGUCUUUCCUUUGGUAGUGGUUGGUGGUACUUGUCCCAGGUAUAUUUCUCAGAGGUUGACAUUUCACCAAGGCCACACACAACUACCAAGUUUUGUUUGUGCCAUGCCUUGGACUAGGUCCCAGGAUGAGUGUGGAAUGAAUAGACAGUACAGCCCUUAUCAGGGAUCUGGGUUAGUGGGCUUAACAAUCUAAUUGAAGCUUUUCUUAAACUCUUUCUCUUCAGAUUUCUAAAGGAUUUUACUGAUUUCCAGAAAAUACUAGAUAAAAAUCUUGACCUAGAAUUCUUUUAUAUUCGGCAAAACAAAUUGUAUAGAGGUUGUUCAACUAAAGUAAUAAAUGUCUGUUAAACAAG